UUGGCGGCAACGUGACGUCCAUCACCCAAGGCGGCAAACACAUCGAGCUGAACGGGACGGCCGAGCACAACAUCAACUCCGUCUGCAUCACGCUGAUUGGCUCGCACGCCGGCCUUGACCCCCCGACCGCACUGAUGGUCGUGUACGUGCUGCCGGUGGGCACGCGGGAAAUCUCACGUGACCGGCGAGCCACAGAAAUCUGGCACGUGAGCUCCGUGCCGCAGACCUCCAACAUCCGGAACCUGCUCCAGCCGUUCGAGCCGUACCACCACCAGUGGGGGGACGACUCCCUGUCCGCCUCCACCAAACACUCCUCCAGCCCCGCCCUGACGGUGCACUACGCUAAAGGAUCUUAUACCAAGACGCCAGUCAGAGGCGGUGGAUUUUUUUCCACCCCCACGAAUUUACCAGACGGCCUGACGUCACUGAUCCUCAAGUAUGACGUGUAUUUUGAAAAUUUCGGCUUCGGCAUUGGCGGAAAACUUCCGGGUCUUUUUGGCGGCGUCCGCGGCGAGGGGGCGUUGUGCUCGGGGGGUAACAACCCCUCGACGUGUUUUUCUCUCAGGUUGAUGUGGCGCGCUAACGGCGACGCGGAAGUCUACGCGUACAUCCCAGACAACCAAGCCAGCGACUUCGAGCACCGGUCUGACGUGCAUGUCAACUACCAGUACGGUCACUCUCUCAUGAGGGGGGCGCUCAAAUUUAGGAACAACCAAUGGCAGACGGUGACCGAGGAGGUGCACCUCAACACCCCCCACCAGUUCGACGGACGGGUCAAGCUCUGCGUGCAGCACCAGGGGGAGGCCCAGCAGUGCCACGAGGUCGCGCGCCUCAACAUCCGCAACGACCCCAACUUCUACCUGCGCGGUUUCUUCUUCUCCACCUUCUUCGGGGGCAGCACGCCGGACUUCGCCGCGCCCAACGACUGCCACACCUACUUCAAGGCCAUCAGCCUGUCCCACGCCCACCGGCACGGUGGUUGGAUGAACGGAGUCACGUGGUUAUAUUGACGUUUUGUUUAAAAGAAGAAAAAAAAGCGAAGCAUAAAAUUGUAAUGAAUGAAAUUAAUAAAAAUUCCCUUUAAAACAAUGUAUUACUAUUAAACAGAAUGUAUACACCUUACUAAUAAAGUUGAAA